AGAGUGUAAUUUUAAAAACACAAAAAUAUAUUACUUUCUGAUUUAUAUUUUCUUGGCAAUAUCAAAAUUUGGCCGCGCAAAGGUUUCGGACACUCUGAUUUUAGCGCAGCUCCAACACUAACAACAAAAUGGCCUGUCGCUGCAAGUAUUUUAUCAAAAUUUUAGAAAAAUGCUGCUGUUGCGUCUCGUUGCGUCUCGGUGCACUGCUCGUGGGCUGCAUUUUUCUCACCUGGUUCUUCUAUCUAACUGUCGGCUCGGCCUUUGCCAUGGAAUGCAUUUUCCCAAAUGAGUACCAACGUGAUGUGAAGGAGGGAUAUGGACCACCGGCGGCCCUGAAAACAACGAUGGUCUUCUCCUUUUUUGGCUUCUUGACAGCCGGAAUGGUUUGUCUAGGCGUGCACAAUAAUAACGAACUGAUGUUCAUACCCUUUCUGGUUCUCGUACCGCUAUAUAUAAUCGUUCACAUUCUAGCUAUGGUCCUGUACAAGUUCGUCUGGAGUGUUGUCUUCAUAUUUGUGCUGACGAUUAUCAUAUUGAUAUAUUGCUGGUGCGUUAUCUGGUCAUACUAUGUGGAGCUGCGUUUCGCCUAUGAUGAGGAUUUGCCACCACCGACAUCCUUUAGAAUUCGAACGAGAUAGGUCGCUCUCAAGGCAUAUACAAAUUUUCUGUACCAAAUCUUGCUAGUAUUUUCGGAAUAAAAAAUGCAUAACCAAACCA